UCCACGGAAAAAAAUAUUAGGAUUUUUUGGCGAAAUGCCUGCAAAAGUGGUUGAGCCACAGUCUGAGGUCGCCUUGUCAUCAGCAGAAUGUCACACAACUUCGACAGAAAGCACGCCGAUUUCCGUUGACGCAAGUAGAGUGGAGCAGAUUUCCAUCUGUGAUGCUCCAAGAAUGGAUGCAGGAACAAUUGAAGAUGUUAUCACAUGGAUGGGAUACGGAAAGCAGCGACGCUCCAAGGCUUUUGCAUUCACUACUACAAAUCAUGAUUCCAAGUCUGCUACCGAGAUGUCGCUGUUGCACCACAAAAGCAAACGACGCUCUUCCGCAACAGCGACGGCAGUAACCGUAGCAACGAUAAGCAAUGACAAUAACAGUGACGCCAGAGCAUUCCAAAUGCUACUCAACUUCUUUGACAAAAAACUGACGAAUGCUCUGCAACAGAGAACAUUUCCCAUCCAUAAAUCCGAUAAAACAAAGGCCUCAUUGGAAUUGGCAAAGUCCACGUCGAAGAGCAUCAAUUCCGUAUCGAACCCGAAUUACUCCCUUUGGUUCGCCUGUUUUCUCGCAUUCUUGAUUUCAGCUUCUGUUUUUCAUGUGCUUUUCAUCGCCGACAUUCCUCCGAGUUAUUGUCGCAGUCCGUGGCAUUAUUACUUGAAUCCCGACUGCUUCUCUUAUACUUGAAAGAAAUUAAAUGUGACAAGGAAUUAUUGAAAAUA